UUUCUUGGCGUGUGGGUAACCACAACUCAUCACACCAGGACUAUAUAUACUCACAAAUAUAUUCUCAUGUAGCGGCCAAAUUCAUAACUCACAGUCCAAAGAAACAACAACCCACAAAAGAGUUAUAUAAUCAUCCGAUGGCAUCUACUGAGAACCCUGACCCAGAAACUGGCAAAUCUGAACCGAUUCCCGCAUCGGCUACAACACCACCUCCCUCAGCCGCUAGUUUCCUAGAUUGUCGUAAAAUAGACGUUAUAAUAAGAGUUCUGCUUUUCUCCGCCACUCUGACUGCUCUUAUAGUAAUGGUGACCAGCGACCAGACCGAGAAGACUCAGCUCCCUGGAGUUUCUUCUCCGGCUCCUGUCUCCGCCGAGUUCAAUGACUCUCCCGCUUUCAUAUUCUUCGUGGUUGCUCUUGUGGUGACUAGUUUCUAUGCGCUCAUGUCAACACUUGUCUCCAUCUCUCUACUCUUGAAACCUGAGUUUACUGCACGGGUCUCCGUUUACCUAGCGUCCUUAGACAUGGUGAUGCUGGGGAUUUUGGCGUCUGCAACGGGAACGGCGGGAGGAGUUGCGUACAUAGCGUUGAAAGGAAACAAAGAAGUUGGGUGGAACAAGAUUUGUAAUGUCUACGACAAGUUUUGUCGUUACAUCGCAACUUCGCUUGCCUUAUCUCUCUUUGCUACACUUCUUCUUCUAGUUUUAUCCAUUUGCUCAGCUCUCUCCAAGAGAACUCCAUGAACAAAACAAAAGCUCUAAAUCCAUCAUCUCUCUGUACCGUGUAUUUGUUCACACGUGUGUGUAUGUCUUUGUGUCUGAUUUGGUCUCUAUUUUUUUAUUUUUUAAAGACCUGAUUUGGUUUGUUUCUUUUUUUUUUUUUUUGUGGUUUGUUUUGUAACUUUUGUUAUGUUAUAUUUAAUGUAAGCAUGCGUUUCUAAUAGAAACUUUCUAUAUAGUACGACGUAUAGUUGAAUUCGUGUA